ACGUGACUUUUCCAGUAGUUGUGUCGCACCGAACGCACGGGAAUUUCGUGGAUGUUCAAAAACUGCAUAUAUAAACUUAGUUUAACCUUGUCAGUGUUAGAAUAUCAGCGGAGCUCGGUGUUAGUACAUUGCAUUACAUUUGACUAUGUCUGGCAGAGGUAAGGGCGGUAAAAUAAAGAAGGCUGGAAAGUCGAGAUCAAGCCGAGCCGGGCUACAGUUCCCUGUUGGUCGUCUACAUAGACUUCUCAGAAAGGGAAAUUAUGCCGAGAGGAUCGGAGCCGGUGCCCCUGUUUAUCUGGCGGCAGUUCUCGAGUAUCUGGCAGCAGAAGUCUUAGAAUUGGCGGGAAACGCUGCACGUGACAAUAAGAAAUCCCGAAUAAUCCCGCGACACAUUCAGUUAGCAAUAAGAAACGAUGAAGAACUGAAUAAAAUGUUAUCUGGUGUAACAAUAUCGCAGGGUGGAGUCUUGCCCAAUAUUCACAACUCUUUGCUGCCCAAGAAGACGUCAAAAUCAUCCAAACAGCCCUCAUCCCAGUCACAGGAAUUCUAAUAUCUUUAUUUAGAAUCGGUUUUCAAAAUGUGAAAAUAUUUGAAGCUUGAUAUAAUAUGAAGUCUAUGAGUUGUUUGUUAAAUUGAAAUCUUUCUUGGACGAUAAUGUUAUUUUACAGUCAUUUUGUUAAUAAAUAAAAGAAAUUCUUUAUUAACUUU